AUGUCUUUUAGAAAGCGCAACGCGGUCAUAUCGGCCACCCCAAGUGCCGUUCCGGGCGCCGCAGCAUCUACGAGGCAUCUAGCGCAGGCCCAGGUUCAGCAGAAGCCCCCGCCGCAGCAGCAGCUAGCCCCUGGCCUGCGCCCGUCGCCUCUCGACGGUCGCCUCACCACUUCAACCGGAACUGCGUCGCUGGACGCCCUUCUGGCCGGCCAUGCCGGUAUGCCCAUGGGGUCCUCGAUCCUGGUCGAGGAGCAAGGCACCACCGAUUUCGCGGGCGCGCUGCUCCGCUACUACGCCGCCGAGGGCCUUGUGCAGGGGCACCAUGUGCACCUUCUUGGGUUCCCUGAGGCGUGGAAGUUUGAGCUCCCAGGCCUGGCGUCGCCAAAGUCUACAUCCAGGCCCGGAUCGUCGUCCGAGGGCAAACCUCCUGGGCCAGCCCCGGGUGCCGAGGACAGGAUGAAGAUCGCAUGGCGCUACGCAGCCCUUAGUAACAGCAGAACCCAGAGUCUUCCGGUGAGGGAGAGGGACGGGGGCUCGGCUACAUUCUGUCACUCAUACGACCUCACCAAAAGGCUAGGCCCGUCCGCCAUCAAGGGACAGUUUCAUGCAGUGCCAUCUAGCCACACGGGCUUGUUGCUAUCUCUCGACGACGACCAAGUGUCGUUAGCCACCUCGCCUUUCAAACACUUCACCAAGCACCUCCGGGACAGGUUGGCUUCCUCCCCACCGGACUCUAUCCAUCGCGUCGUCGUUCCGGGCCUGCUCUCGCCCUCGCUCUACGCCGGCAGCGCCUGCGAUUCGGCCGAGGUCCUGCAGUUCCUGCACUCCCUCCGCGGCCUGUUGCGGCUGCACCCUCGGCGGCUGACGGCGCUGCUGAGCCUGCCCGUCUCUCUCUAUCCACGCGGCUCCGGCCUGACGCGCUGGAUGGAGCUUCUGUGCGAUGGUGUUAUCGAGCUCGUGCCCCUGCCGGCCACCAUUGGUGCCGGACCUCCCCCGGCGGCGAGCGGCAAGGACCCGUCGUCCAAGGACGCAGACAAGGCGCAGGGCAUGGUCAGGGUUUACACCCUGCCCGUCUACCACGAGAAAGGGGGCGGCGGUGCCGAGGGCAACUACUUUCGCGACAAUCUGUCCUUCAGCCUCAGCAGCUCACGGGGCCUGGUCAUCCAGCCGUACAGCCUCCCGCCCAUGGAGGAUGAUGAGCAGAAGGAAAAGUCUCCGGCCAGCACCGUCAAAGACGGCAUCGACUUUUGA